GAAUACUUAUCCAAAACAUGAACAAAUCUCAUUCAAUUUGAAAUGUAUAUAAUAUAACUCAACAUUCAAUAAACGCCCGCCUUCCUUCAAUAUGAGCGAAAGAAUAGAUAACGACGAUGAGGUCGCGGCCGUCACUGAGAACACUCCCCUCGUGUGGGCAGCGGACAACUCCACAUCUGCGUGGAAGCCCGGUCACUCGAGAUCCUCAACAUUAACAUCUGUCACCAGCGCUGCCAUUAGCCUACCAACAGCGCACAAACCAGGCGCCGUUCUUGCCUUACUAUGCCUCAUAAUAUUUGCUGGUUCUACUGCCGAUGCCUUCAAACAAAUACCUAUGACUAGAAUUUUCGAGGAUAUACUAUGUCAUGAGUAUUACGGCAAGACCCCAGUCUCAAGUGAGCCUAUUGAUGAAGCACUCUGCAAAGAUGAUGUUAUCCAAUCCAGGCUAGCAUAUCUACUUGCCGGUCUUGAAGCCUUGACUUCUGGAAUGAGUUGUCUAGUAGCCCUAUUAUGGGGUAUUGUGGCAGAUCGUGUUGGUCGUAAACCUGUAUAUGCCGCAAGUUCGAUAGGCAUGAUAAUUCACUUAUUAAUUACUAUGAUUGUUGGUUGGUUUUCAGACACAUUAUCGCCUCGAUUGCUUUGGACAGCAUCCAUUGGCCAUUUACUUGGCGGGGCACCUGUUAUGACCGCUACCAUAUACAGCAUCUUAAGUGAUGUAAUACCUGAGUCUAAUAGAGCAAUCAGCUUUAUGCGCAUCCACGUUUCAAGCCUGGUUGGCAACCUCGUCUCGCCGGCUUUGGCUUCGCUCAUGAUGUCUUCGACUGGUCCCUGGCCGGUCAUGCUAGUUACUCUCAUACUAUGGAUUCUAGCUACCGCCAUGGUAGCUCUUAUUCCAGAGACAUUCCAUCGGAAGCUAACCGACGAUAAUGCCGAUGACGACACCCAGUCCCAUCACAACUCAUUCAAGACACGCGCAUACCAAGGCCUCAACCAACUAAGAGACUCCUUAUUCAUUGUUACGAAGCGGUCCGUUGCUUUGGUGAUAUGUAUCUGUAUAUUGUCAUUCCCGGUCAUAAUGUGCACGUUACAAUUCAUGAUCCAGUUCAUUUCGAAACGUUACCACAUCCCUCUAGCCAAGACCGGCUACGUCCAAUCCAUCUACGGCGUCGCUCAUAUAGUUGCAGUCUUAUCGGUAGUUCCAUUCGUCUCUAGCCUAGUGGUAAAACCAACGCUACCUAAGUGGCUACGCGUAUCCGACGAGAAGACCCGGGAUCUGGUACUAGUUCGCUGGUCCUUCGCCGCCUCCAUGAUCGGCACUUUUGUCUUGAGCAUAGCUCCAUCCUUACCCGUCUUCGUGGCUGGCCUUCUCAUUAUGUCGCUUGGUUCGGGAUCGGCAAGUUUUAUUAAGAGCAUCGGAGCGUCGCAUGUUGACACUGAGCAUCGGUCGAGGCUCUUUACUAUCAUAGGUCUCUCGGAGAUGGCUAGUAAUAUCUGGUCGACGCCUGCGCUUGCUGCUCUGUUUACGCUCGGUAUGCGACUAGGUGGGCAGAGUAUUGGCUUGCCGUAUCUUGGCGUGUCGUUUAUAUGUCUCGUCAUGCUGGUCUUAUCGCUAUUUGUGCAACCAGCAACGACCGAUAGUACCGAUGAAGAGUCGUCGCCAGAACAUCAGCCCAUCUUGGAGCGUAACGAUUAAAGACCUACGCCGAGUAUGAGAAGAGGGUAUGUCACUACCUAGUCAACAGAUAUAAAUUUUAUAUCGACUAGUAGUCAUAGUGUAGUUUAUAAGCACUUGCACUUAUUCAUACAUUUUUACAUUGAUAUUAUCCCGUACACGUCUAAGGCAACAUAUCUAUGAACAACAACCAAGAAUCACCCCAUCGCCGAGCCAAG